AUGACGUAUAUAAAUUCCCUGAUUCAACGCCGAAAAGGGCACAGAGACAGAGGGAGAGACCCGGCUGAGAUGUCGACAUGCAGAGUCUGGCAACCUAUCUAUCUAUCUAUCUAUCUAUCUAUCUAUCUAUCUAUCUACAGAGAAAAGUUCACUAUCGAUCGACCUAUUUAUCUAUCUAGAACUAAAUGUUCAUUAUCUAUGUAUGUAUGUAUGCAUCUAUCUAUCUAUCUAUCUAUCUAUCUAUCUAGAACUAUUCAUUCUCUAUCUAUUCAUUAUCUAUCUAAAUAUCUAGAUCUAUUCAUUAUCUACAGCUGUUCAUUAUCUAUCUACAUCUCUUCAUUGUCUGUCCAUCUAUCUAUCUGUCUAGCUAUCUAUCUAUCUACAUCUGUUCAUUAUCUAUCUAUCUAUCUAUCGAGAACUAACUGUUCAUUAUCUAUCUAUCUAUCUAUCUAUCUAUCUAUCUAUCUAUCUAUCAUUGAACUGCUCAUUAUCUAUCAACUUAUAAUUGUUCAUCAACUAUUUAUCUAUCUACCUACAACUGUUCCUUAUCUAUCUAUCUAUCUAUCUAGCAAGCUAACUAUCUGGAUCCAUGUAUUCAUUAUCUAUCUACUAUAUCUUGAUCUGAUCGCCAACUAUCUAUCUAUCUAUGUAGAUCUAUUCAUUAUCUAUCUCGCUAGCAAUCUAUCUAGACUAUCUGUUCAUUAUCUAUCUAUCUAUCUAUCUAUCUAUAACUUUCUAUCUACGUACCUAUCAAGAUAUGUUCAUUAUCUAUGUAACUAUGCAUCAUCUAUCUAUCUAUCUAUCUAUCUAUCCAUCUUGAUCUGUUCACUAUCUGUUACGUUCGGUUCACUAUUUAUCUAUGUAUGUAGAAAUGUCCACUAUAUAUAUGUAUCUCUCUAUCGAUAUAUCUUGAAAUGUUCACUAUCUAUCUAUCUAUCUAUCUAUCUAUCUAUCUAUCUAUCUAAAAAAAGGACUAAAAUCUUUUCAUUAUAUAUUUAUCGAAAAACUUUUCCCCAUCUAUCUAUCUAUCUAUCUAUCUAUCUAUCUAUCUAUCUAGAGCACUUCAUUAUCUAUCUACCUAUCUAUUUAGAUCUGUUAAUUAUCUAUCUAUUUAUCUACCAAGAGUUUUAUCUACGUACCUAUCAAGAUAUGUACAUUAUCUAUCUAUCUAUCUAUCUAUCUAUCUUGAUCUUUUCAUUCUCUAUCUAUCUAUCCUUCUUGAUCUUUUCAUUAACUCUCUAUCUUGAUGUGUUCAUUAUCCAUCCAUCUAAAGCCCUAAAAUCUUUUCAUUAUCUAUUUAUCGAAAAACUUUUCACUAUCUAUCUAUCUAUCUAUCUAUCUAUCUAUCUAUCUAGAUCUGUUCAUUAUCUAUCCAUCAAUCUAGAUCUAUCUGUUCAUUAUCUAUGUAUCUAUCUAGAUUUGUUCCUUAUCUAUGUAUCUAGGUCUUUUCUUUAUCAUCUAUCUAGAGCUGUUAUUUAUCUAUCUAGAUCUGUUCUUUACCUAUCUAAUCUAUCUAUCUAUCUAUCUAUCUAUCUAUCUAGAACUAUUCUUUAUCUAUCUGCAAAAUGCCGGAAGUUUGCGAGACCAGAGUCUACUAAUUUGUGA